AUGCAGGGUAAUUUCUCCUGUAAUAUCCCGACUACACUCAAAGGAAAAGAGCCGUCUUGGAAUAACCUGGUUUCCCUUUUCGACCUGGACGACGCACAGCUGACGGCUGGUGCUGACGCCAGCGAAACGGCGGAUGACGUCAGCGCCAGUCGUCUGAGCGGCUACGACAGCGGCCAUUGUGAAGCUGAAACCAGCACGGAGGAUGGAGAUGCUAAUAACGAGGAUGGCGGGAACAUACAUUUUGGCCUGGAGCUGGGUAGUGGGCUGUUCGCUAUGGAGAGGACUGAAGUGGAGGGGACUAAAACGGAGGGGAUGGAAAUGGAGGGGAUGGAAGAGAAGGCAUCAGGGGGGACGUGUGUCGAUGAGGCUGGCAAGGAGGAACAGAUUGAGGGCCGAUUGACCCCAUGUGACGCGAAAAUCAACUGCGACAAGGUAGAUGACAGCUAUAUCGCAUCAGCAUUGCUUAAUCAUGAGCCGUUGGUGCAUCAGCCUUCUUCAAACCCACCUGCUGUAUUCAACUGUGCACGCAUCGCCUCUGCUUCCUCCCCUCUUGUCUCUGCUUCUCCCCCUGCCUGUGUCCAAGGCACGUGCGCUGCCGCCGUCGCUGCCUGUGCCACGUCAGCAUCCGUGUUCCUCCCCACCCCCAUGGAGCCCACAGCCCCCAGCCGGCGUGUGGUAACAGGGUUACCAGCUCUGGUGCUCCCCCCUCCUGGCGGCUACGCCAGCACGAUCGGUGAUGACUGCACCUGUGGGUGCAGCACGGGUUACCACACUGGUUACCACUCUGAUUACCUCACUGGUUACCACACAGGCUUGAACGGAGAUUGCAAGGAAGACUGCAAGGGGGAGUGCAACAGCAGAGGUUCAUCCUCCCUGUAUGAGUCCACCCUUCCCCCCGGCUUGCCGAGCACGCCCCCCCGACAAGACACCAUGGUGUUUCCCUCCUGUGGAGCCCACUCAGAGGAGCAAUGGCCGUUUGAGGCGACUGGGGCCAGGGGGACGGUUAUUGGCGCUGCUCAGAAUGUUUCUACUGUCAAGAAAGAGGAGGAUGUUAACCUGGACGCUGAUGUUGAAGCUGACAUGGGUGCUGACGUGGCUGCUCACGUGGACGCGAGCAGCAGAGCGACUCAGGGGUAUGGGUACUCGAAGCCGGGGAGUGGAGGAGCGGUGCCAAGGACUGCUGCUGCCAUGCAGAGAUCCAGACGGCGAGCGGCCAACAGAGCAUCAGCCAAGCGCAUUCGCAUUCGACAGCAGCAGCACCUGCAGAAACUAGAAUGCGAGACGCGUGAGAUGUCAGCGCUAUGCAAGGCGAUGAGAGCAGAUCUGGCAGAGGCAAGCCGGCAGGUGGCGGCUGAGAAGCAGCGCAAUGAGGCGCUGGUGGGGGAGAAGCAGUGGCUGCUACGGCUGCUGGGGGAGAGACAGACCUCUGGAGUGCUGGACAGCUGA